UAGUCGGAUUCAUUAACCACUGAGCCACGACAGGAACUCCGCUUUUGCCAAUUUCUUUACUGAUAUAAUCCCUGUAUCUCCUAGAUUUUACCUUUUCAUUUGAUAUUUACCAUAUUUUCUCUAGUGCUAAAUUUGACUUUCUACAUCCCUCCUCUCUCAUCUUCAUUGUUCAUUAUUCAUUAUCUGCCAUACAGGGGAAAACUAAAUAUAUUUUAACAUGCUUGUACCUUACCAGUUUCCCCUCCUAAGUUUCACGUCUUUUUCAAUGACAUUUUAAUUCAGCUGAACUCCUAAAUGGAACCUUUACACAUUACUUUUCUUCAUUUUCUUUCUCCAGUUAUUGUUUUUUGAAAUAUCUUUUGUUAUUUUUCCUUGCUCCUUAUUCCCCUUUCCAUUCCUGUCUGUGGUCUCAUGGCCUCACAUCUAUAAUGCUUAUGCAAGACACUGAUCUGGUUUUCUUAAUGGCAAAUCUUCCUACUUACUGCUGUCAAUUGAAUCUUCUAGAUUCAACAAAUAUAAAUUGAGCAUCUGCAGUGUAUUUAGUACAGUAUUACUAAAUAUUGGGAUGGGAAUACAUACCAGUUUGAACAGAAGAGGGUUUGGCCAGUGAUGUGGCUGCAUUAAGUAGAAUUUGAAGGCAAAGGAAAAAGUAUUUUGCCCCAAAAGAUGCAGGUCCCCAGCAUCAGCCCAAUGGAAUGGAUGGACAUGAUUCCUUCAAAUACCAUGAAGCUUACAAUGUGGAGGGGAAGAGUGACGCAUGGGAAGCCAAAUUAUCAGAAAAUCGUUUGGAGAGCAUGGAGUCAGAACAUGGGGACAUUAUCUAAAGGAAUUGCUACAUGAAGAGACAAAUACACAGGGUUUUGGUCUGCCAAAAUGUCUGAAAGAUCAGAUCUCCUUCACUUCAAGUUUGAAAAUUAUGGAGAUUCAAUGUUACAAAAAAUGAACAAGUUAAGAGAAGAGAAUAAAUUUUGUGAUGUUACAGUUCUCAUAGAUGAUAUUGAGGUACAGGGGCAUAAAAUUGUGUUUGCUGCAGGUUCCCCCUUCUUAAGAGACCAGUUUUUACUGAACGAUUCCAGAGAGGUGAAAAUCUCCAUAUUGCAGAGUUCCGAAGUGGGGAGACAAUUGCUCUUAUCCUGUUAUAGUGGUGUGCUGGAAUUCCCUGAGAUGGAGCUGGUUAAUUACUUGACUGCUGCGAGCUUUCUUCAGAUGAGCCACAUUGUAGAACGGUGCACGCAGGCCUUGUGGAAGUUUAUAAAGCCAAAACAACCAAUGGAUAGUAAAGAGGGAUGUGAACCGCAGAGUGCUUCUCCCCAGUCAAAAGAACACCAGGGAGAUGCCAGAGGCUCCCCAAAGCAGAACUCACCUUGUAUUCAUCCAUCUGAAGACAGUAUGGAUAUGGAGGACAGUGAUAUUCAGAUUGUUAAGGUAGAAUCUAUUGGGGAUGUAUCAGAGGUUAGAAGUAAAAAAGAUCAGAACCAGUUUAUUUCCUCUGAACCCACUGCUUUACAUUCAUCAGAGCCCCAGCACUCCCUGAUAAAUUCAACUGUGGAAAACAGAGUAAGUGAAAUAGAACAAAACCAUCUCCACAAUUACGCCCUCUCUUACACAGGCAGUGAUAUCAUCAUGGCCUCAAAAGAUGUCUUUGGGCCUAAUAUUCGAGGUGUAGACAAAGGCCUACAGUGGCACCACCAAUGCCCAAAGUGUACCAGGGUGUUUCGUCACCUGGAGAACUACGCCAACCACUUAAAAAUGCACAAACUCUUUAUGUGUCUACUCUGCGGCAAGACUUUUACUCAGAAAGGCAACCUUCAUCGACACAUGCGUGUGCAUGCCGGCAUUAAACCUUUCCAGUGUAAGAUCUGUGGGAAAACCUUUUCUCAGAAGUGUUCCUUACAGGAUCAUCUUAACCUUCACAGUGGAGAUAAGCCCCAUAAAUGUAACUAUUGUGACAUGGUUUUUGCACAUAAGCCAGUUUUGAGGAAACACCUUAAACAGCUACAUGGCAAAAACAGCUUUGAUAAUGCCAAUGAAAGAAAUGUGCAAGACCUCACAGUGGAUUUUGAUUCUUUUGCAUGUACAACAGUCACAGACUCUAAAGGGUGUCAGCCACAGCCUGAUGCAACACAGGUCAUGGAUGCAGGUAAACUGGCCCAAGCUGUCCUGAACUUAAGGAAUGAUAGUACUUGUGUGAAUUGAGCAGGGGCUUUAUGCUCACAACUAGAACUGACUGCAAAAGUGGCAAUAGUCUGAGUCUUUUUAGGAGUGAUUUUGCUAACUUGACUUCUCCAAAGCCUCUGUGCAGGUUGUAGGGGUAAGUCAAAGCACUAACAGACCAGGCAACUUGCCACUCGGAGUGGUCUUGUCUUCCUUUUGCCCUCUCCCAUGUUCUGUUUUGAAUUAUUUAUCCUGUGAUACCUGUUUUCCUUUCCCAAGGAGUGUUCCAUUUGUCUACCUAACAUUGACUUAUGUCUUAGAAUGACAAUAUUUUAGGUUUUUCACUGGGCACAUUCUGAAGGUACCAACAUGUUAAUAACAUCACCUCCACUCCACUAAUAGAUGCCAUGCUAAGAAAAGCGAAUCAUAUUUUUCUUUGGCAGAACAUAAGCUGAGAUAUAAGGUGAUAUUGCUAUUGGCCUGAAUAUGUGAUAGAACCUCCAGUUGCCUACUGAUAAUUCAUCUGUGUCUGAUAAAUGAAUGAAUCUGCUUCCUACAAUUUGAAGGGAAUCACCAUGGGGAGCAUAAUCAACAAAGGAUUGUUGUAGGUCUUCCCAAAAAGAAGCCAAUGCUUUUAAUUAAUAUGUAAUUUACUUGUUGAUGCUUUCGAAGUCUGGAUUGCUCCAGGCACACUUAAAGUGUGCUGACAUAUAAUGGUCUCUCUAAAAAGGGGCUAUUUGGGAGUUAGUCUCUGGACUUUGUUUUAGAAGUUAGCCAUCGGUAAGGUGAGUCUGGGCCUUCAGUUUUGUCCAGUGUAUAGUAAUAGCCUCUGAAUUGUCAUUUCCUUGUGUACCUUAACUUCUAAAGUGGAUGAAAAAAGUGGGUCACAGAAGGAGCAAUCAGGUUUUUGCAUUUAGAUAUUCCUAUAAAGGUACAUAGUCCCACCUGUCAUGUUUGAUAGAUUGGUAAUACAAAGUUGAUCUUCUGCUAUGGGAAAACAAAACAACUGUUUUUCAUAAAGGACAUGUUACAGUUCAGAAAUAAAACUUUGAAUCUUAUUAGUUUCUGACCCAUGAGUUAGAUUUAGGUAAUAGGAGUGUUUGAGUCCAUAGAGAAUCUUAAGAGAUCAUUUAGUCCACCUCUCUUUUUUAGUUGGGGUAUUCAAAACCCAAAGAGGUGGCCUGGCCAAGGUUGGCCCAAGUAGAUAAGUAACUAAAUAUGAGCUAACGUCUCCUCACUUCAUGCUGUCCCUUGGCUUAAAAAGAUUUAGUAUAUGAUCAAGAAUACCUUAGCAAAAAGCUUCUAGUUUGUGUUUUCCCUCUGUGAAUCUGUUUGCUUUGUGAGACAGCCUGGGUUUUGCAAACAAAACAUCACAGAGAGAUUUAUUUUUAUAAGUUAGUUAUUUGUUGGUUAGGAUGAAUAUUGUAUUCUUCCUAAGCAAAUGGCUGAUUUGCUGGGUGUUGGUUAGGAAGGGGAAGAACAAGUAGGAAUAAUUUGAGAAGGAUCCAAAUGUGAAACUGAUUUUGCCUGGAAACAGUGUUUGUUUCCAUCAGGAUCUUCUGUUUUUGUUUCCAAGCUAUGAGAGUCCACGUAUGGAUACACCAAAAAUUAGGUUUAACUUGAAUAGUCAGAGGGAGUUCUUGAAGUUGUUCUAAUUUGAUGCAUUUACAUGUGAAUCUGAUUUGAAGUAUAAUUUCUAGCUUUCGUUAAAAAUUUAAAAUGAGAAUAAAAUUGAGUGAUUAGACUGUUAGGUAUCUUAAGCCUAAUGUCACUCAUUCUGUGGUCUAAUGAUGCUGCCUAGCAUUCUGGUUUUUAUAUCAUCCAGCCAAAGAGUUCCAAUUCUAUGCAACAGUGAGACACUAAUAUGUUAACCAAUGUUUCAGUAUUUUCUCUGAACAUCAUUUUAUCACAGGGAAAUUUCAAGUUGGAGUGCUUCCUUUGCUUACAUUCAUGUCCUGUUUGUGUUACUUGUUUGAAGGCAUGGGUUCUAAUAAGAUUGGUCUCUUUGGUUGGAGGCUAUUUCUGGAUUCAUUCAGGCAUUCAAGAAGCAUUUAUUGAGUACCUACUGUUGACAGGCAUUAUGCUAGAUACUGAGGAUAGGAAGGUAAGACUGCCAUGGUCUCUGCCCUCACAGAGCUUACAGUCUCAAGUAGUCUUAGUAAGAUAAGGUGUUCAUUUGAUUUUAUCUCAGAAAUAAUAAAACUGCCUUGCUUUCUUUGAUCACUUAAAAUCAGCAUAUUGAUGGUUUUGUAUCAGCAAAACUUCUAGUUCUCACCUUUUGCAACUCGAACCACUGAAGUGGUUUACAGUCUCCCCAACUUCUUGGCUGGAGAGGUGUUGUGUUUCUGUGAGACAGUUUCUUAAUUUGGGUGGUACUUGACUUUAUACGUUUCUUAGAUUGUAUUGCAAAGUGGUCAAGUUACUGAUAUCAAAUAUGUUUUACAGGGAAGAUGACUUUCAAAACUAGUCAUAUUCUUGUAGAGGAGGAAGAUUUUUUAAAACCUUAGACAUCCAACAUUUGUAUUUUAUGGAUCCCCAGGAUAACUAAAAAGGAGACAGGGCUCUCUUUACCACAGUUUGGUUUUGAAAAAAUUACUGUGUCACAGUUAUUUAUUUAUUAUUUAAUUUUAAAGGCAAACUCCAAACUGAAGUGGCUCUGAGGUAAAUCAGAUGUGGUUUUAAAUUGUUUUAGUUUCCUUAUUAGAAGAGUCUAUAUAUGGAGGGUGACCAGUGUCACUACUUCUAAAAUACUGUCCUAAACAAACAACCCAGAACAUUUUAUUUCAGCUGGUGAAUAGCUGUUCUAAGUCUGUUGUAUGUUAGACAUACUGUGAACUACCUCUUCACUUACUAUGGGGAAGUUUCCUUAAUAAAAGUGUGACAAUUAAA